GAUAAAUAAGCAGUGGAACUGCAAAAUGUCAAGUUCUCCCAAGGCAAUGGGAGGUACUGGUAGUGGUGGUGAGGUGCAGAUGAAAAAGCUGCAGGGGGAAGUAAAAGAAGUGACCCACCUGCUUAAAGAUAACAUGAAUAAAGUCAUGGAAAGAGGGGACAAACUGGAUGAUUUACAAGAUAGAUCAGAGGGUUUGCAAGCAGAGAGCAAGGCAUUUAAGAGGACAGCCAAUAGAGCAAAGUGGAAGUUCUGCCGUCAAAAUGCAAAGAUGACAGCCUGCCUCAUUGGGAUUGUCAUUCUUGUUAUUAUUGUAAUAGUUGUCGUUGUUGUUGUCACAGUUAAACCAUGGGAGAAAGGCACAAAUCCUCCACCACAAACUACAAAUGCAACAAUCCUAAAUUAA